AUGGAUUUGCUGACUAGCUUCAUCAGCGGAUGGAUGGGCGGCGUUGGACUUCUGCUUGUGGGCCAUCCCUUUGACACGGUCAAAACGCUUCUGCAGGACGCCAAAGGCAAGCACAAGAAUGCCCUCAGCUGUGUGGCGAGUAUUUUGAAGAGGGAUGGACCUCUUGCUCUUUACAAAGGUGUGCUAGCCCCCAUGACCGGCGUGGGCGUCGUGUUCGCCUUCUACUUUGUUGCCUACGACAGCUGUGAGAAGUUCAUUCGUUGGAUGAAGGCCCUGGAUGCCUCUAAGCCGCUGCAGAUAACGGAUGUAAUGAUAUGCGGUGGCAGCACGGGAGUGUUGGGGUCUCUCGUACUUGGGCCCGCCGAGCUGCUUAAGAUUCGUCAGCAGACAGCUCUUAACUCCGGCACGGACAGUUCUCUGCGCGGUGUUAUCUCGUUCAUCUAUCGAAGGGAGGGUUUUCGUGGUUUCUUCCGCGGCACAGGAAUGACAAUGGUUCGUGAUGUGCCAGGAAGCAUGGCCUGGUUUGGCGCAUAUGAAUACACAAAACUGCUCAUCUGCAGCAAUCCAAAGAUACCAUCCGUGUCGGAAUCACUCUUUGCUGGUGGAAUGGGGGGUAUUGGCAUGUGGUCCUUUGCGGUUCCACUGGAUGUCAUCAAGACCCGCGUGCAGGCCAGUCAUGAGAAACUAACGCUGGUAGGUGCAGUGCGGGGCAUCUUCAAGGAGCGUGGGCUCCGAGGUUUUUACCGGGGCCUCGGUCCUGCAUUGCUGCGCGCUUUCCCUGCUAACGCUGCCUGUUUUGCCACGAAGGAGAUGACUCAGCGUGCACUGAACAACCUAACGGGUUCCGCAACUGGAGUCCAGAAGAGCAUAGAUAAGAAAUAA